CACUCUGCCUUAAACAGUCUGGCAACUCCAAACCGUACCAUCUGAUGAGAACGUCUAAAAGGAGGGAAACAAAACAUUCUCAUUAUUCUUAUUUAAAAUAAGUUAUUUUCCCUGUGCAUUUAAGGCACCGCAACCAUGGGUGGCGGGGAUCUGAAUCUGAAAAAAUCAUGGCAUCCAAACACAAUGAAAAAUCAGGAGCGUGUUUGGAAGGCAGAGGAGCAAGCAAAAAUGGAGGAACAGAAACUGCAAGACCUCCGAAAGGAAAUAAACGAGGAGCGGGACAGAGAAGAACUAAAGAGACUAGGCGAGAGCAGUGGAGUGCUGUCCGGAAGUGGUGGAGCUGCCGGCGAGGCUAAGUUGGAAUGGAUGUACAAAAACAGCACCGAGCUUAUUAACCGCGAGGAGUACCUUCUCGGACGAAAGAUCGACAAGUCCUUUGAGACGCUUCAAGCCGAGGAGCGACGUCAGGAGCAGAACGUAAUAGGCGUCAAGCAGUCGAUCAACCAUGUUGAGCACGAGUGCGUUCCCUUCUCCAUCAGACAGUACCGCAACUUGCAGUCGAAUGAGCAAGUGGACUUACAGCGGAAGACUCUCGAAGAUCCGCUUAUGCUCAUUAAACAACGUGAAAUGGAAUCACGGCGCAAACUUCUGGAGAAUCCCGUUAAGCUAAAGGAAAUUCAUCGAAUCCUUAAAACUGAGCAAGACCUAAAAGUCGCCAAUGAGAAACAAAAAUCAAAAAAAAGCAAAAAAUCUAAAAAAAAGAAGAAAAAGAGUAGAAAUUCGAGUGAUGAUGGGGACUCAAGUAGCGAUAGUAACUCUGAUGAGGAUUUAGACCGAAAGUUGGCUCGCCAAGUUAGCAAACUUAAAGGAGAUUCCCACAAUAGUGAGCUCAAACUAGAAAAACUUUUGGAUGCAAAAUAUCGCACUAUAUCAAAACAACUUGACAUGGCUACUAAAAAAAAAAAGACAAAAAAAUCCAAGAGGAAAAGUGGCCACAGCAGUGAAGAAAGCCAUAUCGAAUCAGAAGAACAAAAAAAAUCCUGGAUAAGAAGCCGGGAAAGUCCGCAGAGGCCCCGACGAAGCAGAAGUCCGGCUUCCAGAUAUCAAGACCAAAGGCGUAAAGGAAGGAGUAGGAGUCAUGAAGAUAGAAACGCGCGACGUAGGAGUCGCAGCCCACAGGAAAGUAGGAAAAGGGACAGGAAUUUGGAAAAAAGCUGUGAAAGCCGGAGAAGUCCUGAAAAGAGGAGAGAGAGGAGGAGGAGUCCGGAGGCGAGGCGAACCAGGAGAAGCAAAAGUACCGACGGAAGAAAAAAUAUUUCCUUGCAUCGAGAGAGACACAGGAGCAGGAGUCCCGAGAAUCGCUCAACCAGCACAAGCAGUCCCCAACUUUAUUGCACAAGACAACAACCCCAAAGCCGAAACAGGGAUCCUCCAUCCAAGCGUUCUUCCCCUCCCGGCCGACACGGUGGAAAACCCAAGCUUAGCCAAGCUGAUCGGGAAGCCCGCUUGCGCGAGAUGAUGGACAAUGCCACCUGGAGAGAGGCAGAUCGCAGCCAGGCGGUGCGCAAACACCGAGAGGCAUACGCUAAGGAGGAAGCCCAACACCAAGAACGCGAAUUCGACAAGGAGUUUAUAAACAAGGAGGUUAAGAAGGCGAUAGCUAACCAGAACUCAAUCGGCGAUCGCAUACGGGCCAACCUGAACAACAUACAACGCACCGCCUCCUCCAUGAACACCAACUUUGCUCGCAAGUAAACUAAAAUUCCUUUAUUUGACAUGCAUAUUCAAACAUGUAAUGGUUAUGCAACAAAUAGUUUAAAGAUUAAACUUGAACUUUUAC